AUGCAGAUCAACAUCCAGCCCUGGAGGAGCGUGUCCCUGUGUUACCAAAUCCAAUUCCUGCUUCCAGGUGUUCUGGCGCUCUGGGCCCUAAUCACGCAUGUGAUGUAUGUGCAGGAUUACUGGAGGACCUGGUUAAAAGGGCUGAGGUUCUUCCUCUUCAUCGGGAUCCUCUUCUCAGCUCUCUCUGUGGUGGGAUUCUGCACAUUCCUUGUUCUGGCCAUCACCAAGCACCAGUCCCUGACUGAUCCCAGAAGCUACUACCUGUCAUGUGUCUGGAGUUUCAUCUCCUUGAAAUGGGCCUUCCUGCUCAGUUUGUACGCUUACCGGUACAGGAAUGAGUUUGCAGACAUCAGUAUCCUUAGUGACUUCUAAUGCUUGGACUUAACCCUGUCUGAAGGUGCUGAAUGUUUGAACUGGCCCCCAAAGGCAUGGUACACGCAAGAGAUCUACAAGAGGCGAAGCAGGAACCCACCCAAUGCAGCUUGGUUUGUCUCUCUGCAGUAGGGAUUUUUCCUAAUUGCUUUUAUUCAAACAUUUAAAGUUUGGCUAGUUAUGUCAACCUAGUGUUUCUGUAACUUUCCUGGGAGUCUGUGUGUCUGGUGGUGAGUUGAAAGACUCCAUCUGCAUAUGCACAGCAAGCUUAGAUUCACUCUUGGCAUUGCCUUGUUGUUAAAGCCCAGGGAAGCUUUCAGGUGGGGAGGAAAUUCUAUCCCCACCAGGAGCUGUAGGUUAAUACCUUGUGGAUGCAGCACCUGGACAUUUUGUCCUAGUGAAUGAAUCACCAGCUUGCUCCAGGUGGGUGCCCCAGAUGUGUGUAGCAAAGAACCCCGCUGUGUGAAAGUCAGUUCCUUUUGCACUGCUCUGUUGCUCACAUAGAAAGGGAGAGAAGACUCUUCUUUUGUGGUAGGAAGUCUCUAGGUACCUUCCAGCCAGUACCGUCUAUCUUUUAGUAUUUUCUUUUUACACAUUGGGCUGAGAAUAAUAUACAAGUUCACCUCUCUCCUGUGGUCCAGGCCAUGCAUUACUCUGAGCCCAAGGGGAUGGGCCAGCAGCAGGAGGCAUCAGUCAUCUCAGGGCUCUGUCAGAGAUGGAGAACACGGAUGAACAAAUGUGAUGCUGGAGACAAACGUUAGCUGAGCCUAUCAGGGUUGCAUUGCACUAGCUGCUAAUCCACGAUCAUUUAAAAACUUAAUAUCUAAGACAGUACUUAAUAUGAUACUCUGUGUGAAUCUGUGACUAAUACAGUAUUUAAUGCUGAAAUCUGUGGCAAGUAGUCAGGCAUUUGGGUGGAAGAUGUGCUGGGUAAGGGCUUGCUUAUUUGAUCCUCAGAAGAAACAUGAACGUGAUUCUUCCAAAGGAGUCUCGUCAUGAUAGUGCUGUGUUUCCUUUUCUUUGCUCAGCUUUCCUGUAGCAGUGAGUGGGAUGAGACAGGAGAGGAGACAUGGUACUUAAGAAAAGAUAUUCAUAGCCAGCUUCCAGCAAGUCUUUGUACAAGAGUGUCACCAGCAUAAUGCAACCAUACCUAAGUUGCUGGCCUCUCGCACAGUAAAUUAAGAGGUGGCAGGUCUUGUGUUCAUGGCUGCUGUGCUGGAACUAGCUGUGCUUUAUUGGCGUGUCUCUCUCCUGAUCUCAGUGAAGCCUUCUCUCUGCAAUUCAGCAGUGCACAGGGCUGCUCUGGCAAACUUAAAAUUUGAGUGGAUCGAAUGACCUCUUUAAUUCUUGUGUUUUACUCCCUGCCAGCAACUACCCUGGAAAGCUUGAAACCUACAGGCAUUUACAUCUUUCCCUGUUAACUGAACAUGCUUUCAGACCAGGACAGCUAAGGGUUUUGGGCUGUUGCUCUGGCAGAACUGAGGCCAGUGUGUUGUGCACUUGGGCGCAGUUAUCCUGCCACUUCUCUAGGUGCUGCUGGAACCUUCCCUGAAGUGCCUUUUUGGCAAACCAUGGCAUAGGGCAGGUAACAGGACCUGCUCAGGGCUUUGUGACAAGAGAGGUGUGAGUGGGAGGUCCUAUGUGCUGUGUUGUUGACCUAGCUUUCUCUCAUACCAUACAAAACUGCCAUUCUGUUUUCUGUGCAGUUGUCUACUGGGGAGUAUCUAGACAGUCCUUCCUGUUAUCUUGUCCUAGCUGUGUGCUCUGCCCAUCUUGCAUUCCUAACUUAGCUGUGCUUAAAUCUCUUUCCACACUGUCAAAGGCUGCAUCCACACCUUCACUGAUCUAUGUUUUGGUUUGGUAGGUGAGCGAGUCAAGCACAUAAUAAUUUAGCUGAGCUACUGAGGAGACAUUGGAAGUAUUUGACAACCUCUGAGAAUCUUUCUGCUCCACAACACUAUCAAGUGAAUUAACUAGGUCAAGGAGUAUCUUUUGGGUCAGUGCAUGAACUGAGAUCAUAGCCAGCUUUUGCCAGGGGCAAGUUUCCGGAAACAACAGGGGACCGGCUCAAGUCACUAAACCCAGAUAAAAGCCGUAUACACGAAAUGCGCUUACUUACAGGAUUAAUACUCAGGCUUUUAAAUACUAAUAUCUCCCUUACCACUGACGUCAGCCUGCCAGCAUGCCUGACAGGAGAUGGAAUAGCUGAUCUUGCUUCUCUGCCCAAAGCCGUGGCACCCACUGUAGAGUUUGCAAGUGUUUUUAGCAUAGAUAGUUUCACUAAGCCAUCUCUUGUCUUAUGUUUCCACCACAUGACACUGUCCAUGCAUUUGCUGUCCAGGUGCAGGUGCCAGCUAUAAUCAGACUGUGCCACACUUGAGAUGCAGAAAUCCCAGCACUGCUCUCAGUCUGGUAGAGCUCUGCUCUUGCCAUACGGCAAAAUAUUGUCCCUUUCUAUCUCUAAAUUAGAGUGCAGAGCCCUCCUCUCUGAACUCCACUGGCAUCUGCUAGCAGCACAUUAGGGACUCCUUUCUUGGGCAUGUGUCUAAACCGUCAUAUCAGCUCACCCUGGAGUUUUUUUAAAAGUUUAUUUUUUGUGACUUUAAAUUUGCCUACAAACAACCCACUUAAUCUAACCCCUGUUUUCUCUUCGACAUGUUUUAGCUCUGGAAUUUAUACUUGCAUCUCAGCUUUUUAAAAGAUUGUGUAUGUAAAUAUAUAAUAUAUUUUUACAUUGUUUAUGCUUUGUUUGCACGCUUUUGGUGUAAAAUUUGGUCCUGUAGUGGGAUGAUGUAAUUCACAGUGGGGUUCAUUUGUGUGUAUCCCAGUGUCUCAUUGUACUAAACUACACUGUAUAACUUGUAUGUGACACCACAGUAAGAGCGGAAAUACAGUUUCCUUUCUCACCAAA